AUGGCCUAUCAAAAUCGACCUCCUGAACAAGCUCCAUUAGAAUUUCCCUAUAUUGGUGAUGUAAGUCAAUAUGAACGUAUUGAUAAAAUUGGUCAAGGAACAUUUGGAGAAGUAUUUAAAGCUCGUUGUAAAAAGACAAAUGAUUUUGUCGCUAUGAAAUUAAUUCUAAUGGAUCAAGAAAAAGAAGGCUUUCCAAUAACAGCCUUACGUGAAAUAAAAAUUUUACAAGAACUUCGACAUGAUAAUAUUGUUCGUCUUAUUGAAGUUUGCCGAUCAGCAAAACAAUUCAUUGAUAACUUAUGUACAUUAGUUCAAACACUGGGAGAAUAG